CACCCAGUCCAUCUUCGAUGCUUUGAAAUUGGAUUAUGCUGUGUAGCUCUUUGUUGUUUUGAAUAAAAUUUUUCUUGAAUCCCAAAAAGCCACCCAAAGAAGAAGAAGACAAUUUUAUACGAAUCAUCUUUGGUCAAUCGAGCCUUUAACCGUGUAAGGAUGCGACCACCGCCUACUCCUCACUCUAAUUUCUUCUCUUCCCUCAAACAGGUUGAGAAGAGACUGAAAUUAGAAGACACAUCAAAAACCCCAACUCUCUCUGUCUCAUCAGAAUCUCAAACUAGCAUCAACUUGGCCACAGAAUCUUUGAGCUCACCCUUAUACCUCCACGUGGACCAAUCCCAUUCGCCCAGUGAACAACAACCACCAUUCCUGUCAAGUACUUCCUCACAGUACCCACAAACCCAACAAUCCAACGACUUAUUGUUAUUACACGACCAACCCAAAACUGUUUUUCACACUCAACACCAUGAAGCCAUUGACGACAUCCAACGGUUAAUACAGCUCUUGGGUUUAUCAGAUUGUUAUUGUAAUGGUGAUAACAAAGAAGAAGAGGAGGGAGAGAGAGAAAGACAGAAAAUAGUUGGUAAUUCUUGUGAUUUUGAUGAGGGUGAAGAUGGGUUUUAUGCAAAGAUUGUUGGGGUGAAGGGUCCAAAGUGUGGGAAGGAAGUGGAGAGGUUGGAGGGUUGGAUUCAAUAUUUCAUGAAUGGGGAGAUGGAAAGGAGAGAGCCUUUGAGGUUGGCAUAUUUGCUUUUGGGUAAGGCUGCUUUUGAGAACAAGGAGGAUGCUGAUUGUGGCUAUGGAGGCUUGGACUUCCCUACAAGUGUACAACAGUUUUUGCUGAAUGACCCUCCUACAGAUUAAGGCACCCCAGCAUAUCAUAUGCCUCCAAAAAGUGUCAAAACACUUGGGAUAGGUACCCAUGUAUGCAUAUUGCAUUGCCUUUUAGAACCCUUUUAGUUUAUGCAAUAUUUCUAGCAUUUGCAUUAUUGAUGAUGGUGAUUAUUGUAUAUAUUUCUGUUAGUGUAUUUAGUUUUCUCUUUUGUUUGUUCUGUUCAUGAUGUUAUAGAUGUUAUAAAUUGAUUUGGCAUAAA